AUGAGCCCGCCGACAGACGUGAAGGAGGUGGUAGAGUCAGAGAUCAAGGAGUGGCAUUUCCAUAUUUACUUCCACCAGCGGAACGCGGACGAACACCACGCCGCCCUCGAGCUCAGAGAUGCCGUUUUGCGUCUCAGGCGCGAUGGUGCUUUCGUCGCUGUCCCUCUCUUUCGCGUGAACACAGACCCAAUUGGCCCUCAUCCCGUCGGCUCGUAUGAGAUUUGGUGCCCGUCGGAGUCUUUCGUGUCUGUCUACUCGUACCUCUGCUUGAACAGAGGCACUCUCAGCAUUCUCAUCCAUCCACUCACGCGGGAGGAGCGCAAGGACCACGAGACGCGCCAGUCUUGGCUCGGCCCUUCCUUUCCUCUCGACCUCUCGACUCUCCCAGUGAGCAGCAAAGAGGUCCCCCUCCAAUACGCCAGCCUGAAACUCGGGUACUCCUCGACGGCCCCUCAACUGACACUCCAAGAGCGCAAGCGCCUUGGGGCCAACGUCGAACAUAUCCUGAAGAGUGAGAAGGAGGCCGCGAAGGCGCCUAGCGACUGA